AUGCGCUUUGAAAGUGUGGCCAAUUUCCGCGAUGUGGCUGAUUCGAGCCCCGGCAACCAUCCCAUUCGGUGCCGUAACGGCAAGGUGCUUCGAAGGGGAAUGCUCUUCCGCUCAGGGCACUUCGCCGCCGCCACGAAGGAAGAUCUGGCUGUGCUGCAAGCACUGCAGCUUCGGACUUACGUGGACCUGCGCGAGGGCCGCGACUUUGAGGGAGCAGAUGCAGAGGUGCAUCACGUCCUCUUCCCGCCCAGCCCAAGCACAACCGAAAGAGGUGCACCGCCACCAGUCGCAGCUGGGGGCCGCCGCUUGUGGUGCCCCGUGACCAAGGACUUGCGCUUGCGUGGCUCAACUGCUGAUGAGAAGCUAAACGCUGUGCCCGAGUCCGACCGCAAGGCCUGGACUUCUUGGUGGUUCCAGCGGCUUACACGUUUUGCGUUGGCCAAGGACAUGGAGAUCAACGCGGCCAGCCACCUGGCAGCCGUGAACCGCACGGUUCUCUUCGUCAACAGCGACGAGCUGCUGCGUGCGCUUCUCGCUCUCACCGAGGAAAAGAACUAUCCCCUGGUCUUCGGCUGCGUAGCCGGGAAGGACCGGACCGGUCUGUUGAGCUGCCUCAUUUUGUCAGCCCUGGGCUGUGACCGCGAGACGAUCGUACAUGACUAUUUGAAGACCAACGAGGCCGCCCGACACAUCGACGCCUGUAACCAGGUGGCUCAGCACCUAUGGUGGGAGCAGCUAGCAGCUGAGUCGCCUAGCAAAUGGCAACGGAUGCAGCCGACACUCCCAAAGCUCCACUUCGACGCGACGUGGCCCGGGCUCGAGGCUGACGGGUCUACUCCGCCUCUGCGGGAGGACUUGAGGCCAGAGUCCGAGGUGCCAAAGGAGCCUCCAGACCAGGGUGAGGCGCUUGCCGUGCUUCAGGGUUCGGUGGCCUAUCUCGGAACUCUCGAGUACACCUUGGAUCUGCUGGACAGCGAAGGAGGAGCUCUGGCCUACCUGGACUCCAUAGGCUUCGGGGGGCCUGAGCGCGAGAAGCUCCUGGCCAUCCUUACUGCGUAA